AACACUGAGCCCGUAAUAUCCCCCUCCCCAAAAAGCAAAGCCGUCUUUGAUGCACUUCCACUUCCAAUCGCUCGUUGAUCUACAUUUUCGUGUUGGUAGGAAUUUUGGGGUCAUCGGGUUCCAGGUCUGCCUGCCUCCUUUUUGUUCUGCUUUUUUUUUUUUUAAUGGGCAUAUCCAUGCCUGGACGCUGAGCCACUGUGACCUCACUGAACCUGCACCUAACGCACACUUGCUCAAUAGAGCCUCAUGAAGAGGGGCUGAGAACAUGGCCGUCCCAUCCGGCUUUGCAAUGUCCGAAGACAUUUCAAGGCUCUCGCUUGAGCAAGGGCGUGAUCCCCCACAUCCGCCAGCACCCAAGCCAUCCGCCAACGGCAUCAUCGCUUUUGAUAUCACAUCAAAGUUUACCACAGCGGCUGGAACGCUCUCCCCUGGCGAGUUGGUCAAGGAUGGCUUCUUCACGCUGUUUGAGUCCGUUGGGGCCCUCGAGAUCAUGGACCCGAAAAUGGAUAGCGGGUGCUUAGAAGCGGAAGACUCUCUCGACGUAGACUACGAUGUGUCACGCCCCCUCCUCCCUGAGGAAGUUCUUGGCAUCAUCGACCAGUUGCUAUGCCACGAGAUGUCCUGGCACGUUGGAUACCCCCUGUCUCAAACUGUCUUGACCAGCGUCUACGUCGAGUCUAUUCUCAUGCCCAAACCGGCUACCAUUGACGACGCCCACUUCAUCAGAAACGCCAGCGGCACGCCGCCAUCACCGAUGCACGCCGUCCUCCGAGCAUAUUGCUUAGGCCUGCUAAAGACAUGCGGAAAUGUCAACGAGAGGAUCAAGAACGAACACUACUACGAGGAAGAGGAUUUUGUUACAAAUACGUAUAACAGGGUCUUACUCGACACUUUCAGCAUAGAGUCAGUCCGCGAAGUCCUCAAGGAGGCGAGCUUCAUCUUGCGGCAGCUGUCAGACUCUAUACCCCAAGAAAUGAUUGACGCCCUCCACACCCGGCUGCUCUUCCGAUAUACACUCCUGGCAGCGAUAGACCACACGCAGUUUCGGACAGACCCGAAUCGCAUCAGGAGUCCAUGGAAAGAAGCCCAUGACAUGCUCCCGAGCAUCAAGAGUACCCACGCACUAAGCAAACCCGUUCCAGAGGCCUGCAGCGCCAGGCUCCAGCGCAAACUCGCCAGCACAAUGCCUCCGCGUCCCAUCGUCGAGAUAAGCUUCGACGACGCCUUUGGACACCUGACGAAAAUCAUCAGCGACGGGCUUGAAGUUGUGGGGGUCCUCGACUACACCGACUCCAUCUGCCUUCAGACAUACGUGAUGACAUUCCAAGCGAAGAAGCCUCAGCCCCUGAUCUUCGUCCGCACUCUCCUCCAAAGCUUCCUCUUCAAGGACAUGGAGGUUCUGGGCCACAAGAGCAUACGCCAACUCCUCGACGAUGACUUCUCCAUCGUCUCUCUACCCAACAGCCCGCUCCUCGAUCGCGCCAACGAUGAGAUUGAGGCCGUCAAAGACCCGCGCUUCACCAUCGCGAACCAAAUGGAGGUCUUCCGCCAGCGCGCUGCGCAGCCCUACCUCGACAUCCUCCGAACCUUCUGCCAGAACCGGUGUCGCGUGCGUAGGAUCCUAUGCCACAUCGUCCGUGACUGGGAGAACCUACAGUUCGACGCCGAGGAUAUCGACCAGAUCAUCCAGCACCAGAUCAACGAACAGCCUCUCGUCUACCAAUCCGCCUCGGGGCCCGUCGAGACGUGGUCUCUGCCGCUGUCGUCGUGGGCCUACCUGUACAAGGUCAAGCAGAUGGAGUGGAUCGUCCAACUCGGCUUCGAGCUCGAAGUCUACCAGCCCGAUGAGCUGGGGGGCAUGUACUGGUAUCUAAACUACCUGGCCAAGAACCGUCUCCAGCACAUUGAGCGUAUCAAGUCCUUCGUCGUCCGGAGCAUAAACCAGGCUCGCUCGAGCAGGCAGCGGCUCACGCCAGCGGCAGAGGCGCAGUACAACAAAUCGCUGGCGUUUCUCCGCCUGGCGCUACUGGAUGCUGCCGUCACAGAAGGCGUCUCGGACGCCCUCUGCUGCCUUUACACGGUCCUCCAACGCCUGGGGCUCGUCAAGCCCCCUCCACGACCCUACAGCACCGACGAGCUCCGCUACGAACUCCGGAUGAAGCCCUUCGCCGUCAUCGGUCUCCCCUCCCUUCCAACUUUCGAAGAGUUCACCAUCGGCACACAGCAGACGGAGUGUCCGAGCGCCGAUCUGCUCGAACUGGCCGACAGGGCCAUUGCGGGCGCAAAGAAGGGCUUCGAGGUCAUGAGCAAGCUCCCCGAGGCGGAGGCGUUUUCGGUCGGAUCACAUGACCGCUGGGCGCCGUCCGUCAAGAACGGGCUGAAGUCGUGCAUUGCCACGGGACUGGCCGUCUCGGUUAUCCGAAAGGCGCUAGACAAGUCGGGCGAAGGCGGGGACCUGAAGCUGAAGGCCGAGGUGCCGACUCCCAACAAGUCGUAUCACGAGUGGUGGAUCGUCCCGCGCAUUAUGCCUGUGAGAUGAAGAGCUAACGAGUGGAAUGCCGCCGAUGCAUAAGCCUAGAUAAGUAGUGGAUAAUCAAUCGUCAUCCUACUUUCUUUAGACAGACAAGAAUUCAUAGAAUACAACCCAACCCUGCCGGGAAUCGCAUGUGAUACUGCGCCUAGGUAGUAACCCCCCCCCCCCCCCCCCCUCAAGUGUCCACUUGUUUGCCAACAGUUUACCUGCGUCACCAAAGAGAUUCCCAUACCAAAAAUCGAUACAAUUCAUGUGACACGGAGAUGGAAACGCUGCAUAUUUGCCGAGCUGCCAUGCUGAAAUGCAAUGAUGCCUCUAGCUUGUUUGCUCUAUACAUGCGUUAUUCAACCCUCACCUCUA